GAGCGAAACGACUACAAAAUAUUUUGACGAGAAACCAAUUGACUAAAAAUUCAGCUUUAAUUUAUGAAUAAUUAAAAAAAGGAAUAAUUACUCAAAUUUGUUUUGUAUUCAAGUACCACAGAACUAAUUGGUUAUAGUUCAGCUCUCACAUUGAAAAUCUUCUGACAUUGUUACAACAAUUUAUCAGUUCCAAAAGCUUAGACUAAAUUAGAGUAUUUGGCAUCUGAUUUUCGAAUAAAUCAAAUAAAUCAAACGAUUCAAAUGAUAAAAGUUAAUAGUUCUUCUGAUUUUACAGCUGCAGAUUUUACUUCUAUUUAGAAUCUCUCCUUCAAGGAUCGUAUACAAGGAAUCUACAUGGAGUUUUUUAACUGCAUUAAAUGAUUACACCUCUUAUAAAAAGAAAUUUCAUGCUUUGUCUUAGCACCAAAUUAUUAAACAAAUAUUCAGACCAGCCAUGCUGUACUUGGUGCCAAUCUGGCCAAGUUUUUGUUACACCAGGAAAAAAAAAACACAUCAAAGGAUUCAGAAUAGCAUCUUAAAAUUUAUCCUGAAGUGUACAACAGUUAAUAAGUUAGCUUGUAAUUUUUCGGCUACAUUCCACACGACAAGCAGGUUUGCAAUUUUCUCUAUAACAGAAAUCACAGAAUUGAGGAGGCAAAUCAUGUCCUGAUGGUACUCAUAUAAACGAUAGAGCAAAUCCGGAUAGAAGUGAUUUGCACACCAAUAACAAAUUUUAUUAUAAAACAAACAUCUCAAUGGUACAAAUUAACACUAUUUAGUUUGAAAAUAGAGUUAAAAUAUAAAAAUUCAUAACAAAGCCUGCAUGACAAAAAAACAACAAAAGACAAAACUCUGUCAUUAUAAUAUUAAAGCAGUAACAAAAUAUUUAUAGGAGACGAUUCUUAGUAUUGUAGUAUUCAGAAUAGAAUAAUAUUUUAAGCACUCAUCUUUUCUAAUUCUGAUGCAGUUUAUACAAUAGUAUUUCAUUUGAAGAUAUAACUACUGGAUCAAUUGAACUUAAUGAAACUAGAGCAGCUCAUCAAUAACGAAAUAAGCUAUAAUAACAAAUUUUGAUGCUAAAAGAUAUUGGAUCUACCCAGGAAAAGUCACUUUAGACUGACCUAUUGAAUUGAAAUCUUGACGAUGUAAAAUGACAUUCUCAUUCUAAUAAAUAAUACGUAUAUAUGAAAAAAAUACAAUUUAAAACUCUCAACUGGACAAUGCUGAUGCCAGACUUAACGUAUUGAAAUAAGUGUUGCCAUAUUUCAAAACUUAUCGAGCAAUCUUCGUAUCAAAGAACAAUCAGAGUGUCAAACGGAACGAUAUUUGUUUUGCAUAGUAGAUGAAUUGCCAACAAGUAGUAUAAUGAUUGCAAUACAGAAAGCAUAAGAAAAACCUUGAGCUUACUUCUAUGGACAAUAUACAUACGUUUUUUUCCCUUUGGGAUCAUCUUUCCAACGGUACAGUAGAAAAACAAUCUUCGAAGAAAUGGUUUUAUCAAACCGGUGUAAUAAGUAAACAUUUCAGUGACAAUAUAUCUUUGACGCAGCUCAUCGUUAAAUGGACCGAAGUCCUAAUUUAUUCGACAAAUUUUUAGUUCACCGAAUAACAACGCACAUCCGCCAUCUCUGCGAACACACGCCCGCGUGGCCAAACGAGAGUGUCAGCAUAACAGCAGGGGAGUGCCUGAGCUAUAGCCGUGUACGUGUGAGCUUGAGCGCACCGAUCGCACUCCGCUUCCUGUCGGGUUACGGAAAGGGAGGGUCGUACGGAAAAGUGCUGGUGGAAAAUUGCAAAACAUGCGAGAGAAUAACGAGAGGGAUUAGAAGACGUUUAUGAUUGUCGACACUGGUGAAACAUAAAGCAGAAGUUAUUUUGACUCGACCGAGAAUGAAGUGGUAAAACAGCACAGUGUACUUGCUCUUCCGAAAGUCGCAACGAAUCCUGUACAGACUUUAAGGCUGAUGGAAACAAUGCUUCAAUAGAAAUGCUCUGCCAUGGCCCUGCGAGGUUGGCGACUCUUCGGGUUGGCCGGUACCAUAGUGGUAUACAUCGGCGGUAUUCUGUUCCUUUCGUUCGUCAGUCUGCAGAACCCGCAACAGAAGCGUAACCAUGGCCGAGGGUACAGUGAGUUCGAAACGCUCCGCAACCGAGACCUUGGGCUGCUGGGGAAAAAACCACCGCUACAGUGGUGCAGUGAGCUACGCUACAUGGACAGUCCGCCACCGGCGCCGAAGGUCUACAGGCUACUUGAAACCUUUCCGGGACAUUUUGUGAAAAAGCACCAGCCUGGCAGUUCCAACAGUUUACCGGAUUCGACGGAGGGCAUCCACAACCAAAAAAGGCACAACGAUGUCAAUCUCGACAAGCACAAAAGAUUCGCGUCGUCGUUGUCGUCGGCGGCCGAAACUUCUUCUGCCUCCUAUUCGUCGCAAUGGCCUAAUAGUAAUAACAACAAAUUUAACAAUAAGCUAGCAGAUAGUGGUAGGAUAGUAAACGACAGACAAUUGCCGGCACCGAAGUCUUCCACCCGGAAGCUAACAGCACUGGUUUCCUUCCCCGGCAGCGGAAACACGUGGCUGCGCUAUUUACUGCAGCAGGCUACGGGUAUUCUUACUGGAAGUGUGUACAAAGACUACGGCCUACUGAAAAGUGGUUUUCCUGCAGAAAAUGUUGCCAACUCAUCGGUGCUCGUAAUCAAAACGCACGAGUGGGGCCCGAAUGCUUGGGCACCCUACGGUAAAGCCAUUCUUCUCAUUCGAGAUCCGAAGAAAGCGAUCCUAGCUGAAUUCAAUCGUCAAAGUGGUGGCCACGUAGGAUUUGCUUCACCCGAUCGCUACCGACGGACAAAAGGACGUUAUUGGACUCAAUUCGUCAAGAACAAGCUGUGGGCCUGGGAACAAACGAAUCUAUCCUGGGCGAAGAACUUUACCGGUGAAGUAAAGCUAGUAUUCUACGAUGAAUUGGUAGAAAAUGUUGAAGGGACACUCCGCAGUAUUCUUCGGUUUCUCAAAUUUCCAGUCAACGAGGAGUUGUUGUCUUGUGCAUUGAUGCGUAAGGAAGGAAUUUACCGACGAAAAAAACGUAUCCUGCAAUUCGAUCCAUACAGUCCGGCAAUGCACGUCGCCAUAGACGAGAAACGUAUCGAGGUCUAUGCAGCGCUGGGACGUUCCGAGCCUAACUGAAACCAAUCUAGUCGCACAGUAAAUAGUGUUAAAAAUGCAGGUAACCAAUCUAGUCAAAAAAUUCGGCCAAUGUUUAGGCAUCAAACCGUCUACCAUUGAAACAAAACUCUUGAUUACCUUUUUGUCUCAUAAUUUUGUUUAUUGAAUAUUGUUUUACAUACUUCUAGACCAAAUAUUAGGUUUAAACUAAUUGUAAACACUUAUUGAACUCGUCUUAAACUAUGACUAAAGUCCAACUGAAGUACUCGCGUAGUUAUGAUAACUAUAAAUGAACGGCAGUCAUGUUUAGGUGUUAAAUCACAAAUCCAACUCGCAUAUGAAGCUCACUAAGCGAUCGAUUCGAUUCUAGUCAACAGCAGAGAAAAUAGAGAACAUUGCCAGAGACAUUAUAGCAGCAACUACCAAACAAUAUCGUAGUACAUGUAGGUACACAGUUUAUGAAACUUGUAAGACUUUUAGAGAAUAUGUGAAAAGUUACUUAACUCAUGUAGGUUUUUUGCUAAAUACUGUACACGAGCAAACUAAAACAGUACCAGUGUUUAUGAAAUGUUUACAUAACCAAAGAUGUUUGCGCGAAGAAAUAAACACGAUUACAGUAGCAAUUUGAAA